GACAAUUUUGACGUUUUUGACGGAUGUUGACGUUUAAUUGUUUUCGCCUUUUUUUGAGGAUAUCGAUUAAUUUCUUUGGGUUUGUUUUUAAUUUGAAAAACCCGAAAUAUGUUUGAGUACGAUUCGAUAGUUUCAAAUUCGAAAUUCACGCAUUCCCGAAGCAUGUAAAAAUCGCGCACGUAGAAUCAACAUUCCUUGUAACUUUAACAGCAGUAGGUUGUGUUUAAUUUAUCAAAUUAGGUAUGUUUUGAGCCGAUAAUACCGACCGCCUACAGAUUGUUCGGUGGAUAACAGUUUAUCAGUUAUGCCCGGAAAUGUGGGAAUAAUUGGAAUCGAGGAAAAUCGAGCGGCAUGGAAAAUGACGAUCUCAUGUUAACCAAAACACAGCGGCUCGUUUUGGGAUUUUUAGUUUUAAUAUUAGUUGAUGUUAUUUGGGUGUCCUCUUCGGAACUAACCAAGUACAUUUACAACAAUGAAACGUUCGAGAAACCGUUCUUCUGCACGUACAUCAAAACCUCCAUGUUCACCCUGUAUCUGCUGGGUUUCCUGUUCUGGCCCCCCUGGAAAGACAGCUGCUCGAAUCCGCCGAAUUACAUCUACUUGGAAAACGACCUGGACGACGAUAAUUACAUCACCGAAGCCAAUUGCAUAACUAACUUGAGCAAUCCAGUUUACGUGCCGGUGAAGACUCCGGACAGAGAGCAUUCGGGGACCGAAAGCGACGAUUCAACGGUGAGAUCUGUGCGAUUCAAUAAGUUGGCUGAAGUUAGGCACAUGUCGGAGAGCGAAGCCACCGAAGCGUUGCUGGCGAGACUUUCGUACCAGGCCAGUUUGAGGGCGAGCGAAAUGGCUAAAAGAGCUGCCAGUAGGUUACCGAUAGCACGAGUGGCUAAAAUAGCUCUCAUAUUUUGUCUUUUGUGGUUUGUUGCUAAUUAUACCUACCAAGUGGCACUAUCCGAAACUGAAGCGGGGAUUGUUAAUGUUCUAUCGUCAGCUUCGAGUUUAUUCACGUUAGUUCUCGCUUCUAUAUUUCCAUCGAAUGCUAACGAUCGGUUCACUUUGUCCAAAUUGGUGGCCGUUUUUCUUAGUAUUACUGGAAUAAUUUUAGUUAGUUGUUCCGACCUCACUUUGGAGUCUAAACUACCUUUCGGUGCGGUGUUGUCGUUGUUUAGCGCUUUUUUCUACGCGACUUACCUAGUUUUUCUCAGACGGAAAGUGGAUCAUGAGGAGAAAAUAGGAAUACCUUUGUUCUUUGGUUUCGUUGGACUAUUUAAUCUCAUCCUUCUGUGGCCGUUAUUUUUCUUCCUGCACUUCAGCAAACUAGAAGUGUUUGAAUGGCCAAGCAGAGAACAAAUGAUGUUGCUUUUGUUAAACGGGCUAUUGGGAACUGUAAUAUCGGAGGCUCUAUGGCUAUGGGGGUGUUUCCUGACCUCUUCGCUCAUGGCCACCGUCGCUAUGAGCCUGACAAUACCUAUGACCAUGCUGGCCGAUGUGCUGCUGAAAGAAGUGCCCUAUCCUAUACUGUUUUACACGGGAACGCUGCCGGUGCUCAUCGCCUUCCUAGCUGUGACCGUUCUCUCGCACUACGAAAACUGGGAUCCUGUGUUCGAUCUGCUACAAUGUGCCUACCAUAGUUUUUGCAAAAAGAGCAGAAUUAUACGGUUUAAAGAAGUCUCAUCGGAACAAACUGAAGCUCUGAUAGGUAUAAACAGCGAGCACGAGGCGUGAGAAAUUAAUUGUAAAAGAAUAGGUUUGAUUGGAGGGUUUUCCUACUUUUUGAUAAUACCGACUGUGGUGCUUUAAAAAAACAUAAAUGUGAUCGUCUAUAAUUAUUUUUGUUAGAAAUGUGAUUAAUAACAUUAGGGAUUGUAUACAAAAAAAUGUAUAAUUUUAACGUAAAUAACACAUUAACUUUUAAUUUGUGUGUUGGAAUAUUUAACAAAUAGGACUUAAUCUCCGAGUAGUAUUGUAGUAAUAAUGAGCAUUCCAAUUUUUCGU